UGAUUGUGGUGGUAAUGUUAGAGCAAUGGAAGCACUUAAAGAUACAAUUGGUGGUGAUUCAAAUAUUGCAAAUAUGAAUCCUAGUUCUGUGAUGCAGCAGCUAUGUUUAAUUCUUGCUGACAGAUACAAAGAAAUGCUUGGCAAUCAUCUUAGUCCUGAUGUUGCUCAGGAUAUUGCAAGAGAUAGUCCACCAGAUAUUAACAGUGCAUCAUACUUGCACCUACAGUUGAUUGAAGGAAUAGGUAUGGGACAUGCAGAAAAAAUUAUUAAUAAAAGACCAUUCAACAAUUUGGAAGAAGCA